GCUUAGGAAAAGGUAGUAGUCUUUUGGGAUUCUGAGACGCACAUCUAAUCCUAAAUUAAAGUUUUAACAAUGAAAUUAGCUGUUUUCAUCGUUGCCUGUAUGGCCAUAUUGGCCGUACAGUCAGCUAGCAUUUCUAUUGAUGGAAAAAUUGCUGACAAAACCAUGAUGGAAAAACAAAGGUUUAUUCUUGAAAUUUUACUUCGUGUCGAUCAUGAUCUUUUGAUGGAAGAAUGGAUCAAACUUGGUGGAAAAUUGAUCAACGACAAGAGUCACUAUGUGAAAUACGACGAAUGGAUGUUGAAAUUCUAUCAAUCCUACAAGGUUGGUGGACUCUUGCCCAAGGGAGAAUUCUUCAGUGUCAUGCAACGCAUCCACAUGCUUCAAGCCGAAGGACUCUUCAACUUCUUCUACUACGCCAAGGACUUUGAAACAUUCGUCCAAAACGUCGCAUGGGCCCGUAUGAAUGUCAACGAAGGUAUGUUCGUCUACUGCUUGACCAUGGCUGUCAUCCAUCGUCCCGAUAUGCAAGGAAUCAUCAUGCCCCAGAUCUACGAAAUUUUGCCCAGCAUGUUCUUGAACGGUAAAUACAUUAUGGCUGCUGAGAAAUUCGACUAUGAUGCAUUCAGCAAACAAAUGAUGCUUGAAAAGGAAAUGUCAUCAAUUUACGAUCAAGACCGCAUGACCGAAAUGUUUGGUAAGCAAUUCUACAUGAGAGACUGGAAGGUCUACCAAUGGUGGAACUUGAUGGGUCUUGGUGAAGGCUGGCAAAUGGAGAAGAAAUGCAUGCUCCGUGAUGGUAACCCACUGUUGAAAAACAACUCCUUGUUGAAUUCGGUUUAUGGAAACUUGAAAAUGAUGUACAUGCCAGUUGACUACACUCGUGAUAUUAAGAUGAUGAACGAAGACUCUUUGAUGAGUUACUUUACCGAAGAUAUUGGCUUGAACGCUUGGUUCUACUACAUGAACUUAGAUUACUCCAAAAUGUUAUCUGGCAAGGAAUUCAACUUGGAGAAAGACCGUCGUGGUGAAUUAUUCAUCUACAACAUUCAACAGCUUUUGGCUCGUUACUACGCUGAACGUUUGUCGAACGGUCUUGGUGAAUUCAACACUCUUUCAUGGUACGGUUUGAUCAAAACUGGUUACAAUCCACAAAUGAUGUACCACAACGGAAAGGAAUUCAGUGUCAGGAAGAACUACUAUGAAUUGGAAUCUUACCAUAACAUCGAUAUGUUGAAGAGGAUCAUGAAUGUUGAACGUAGAAUUGAUGAUAUCAUUGAGUCUGGAAAAUUCGUCAUGAGGGACGGUUCUAUUGUUGAUCUUACCCUGCCCGGAGCUAUUGAACACAUCGGAAAUAUGAUGCAAGGAAACAUGGAUGUUUUAGACAGACAAGUCUUGGGCUACUGGUGGAUGUUGUCUUCCAUGUACCUCAGUGGAAAUGAUCUCAACAGCUUGAUGAUCAUGCCAAAUGUUCUCAUGAACUACGAAACAAUGCUCCGUGAUCCUCUAUCAUUCAAACUUUUCAAAAUGAUGGUUAACAAAUUCUACAUGUUCAAGAACCAACUUCCAGCUUACACACGCAAAGAAAUGCUCCUUCCAGGUGUUGAGAUCCGUGAUGUCGAAGUUAGCAAACUGAUGACAUACUUUGAUUUGGUUGACAUGGACAUCACCACUUUGUUGAACGACAAAAUGGUCUUCCAAGAUGGCAAAUACGUUUGGGACAAGGCUCUAAUGGCCCGUCAAAUGCGCCUUAACCAUGAAGUAUUCGACAUGAAAUUGAAGGUUAUGUCUGACAAGAUUCAAAAGGCUGUUGUUCGUAUCUACAUUGCUCCUGAAUUCGAUCUGUACGGCAGGAAGAUGAUCAUGACUGAAAAUCGUGAAAACUACAUGCAACUUGAUGAAUUCCUUGUCGAUUUGGUUGUUGGUGAGAACUUGAUCAAACGUAACUCCAACGAUGUUGAAUGGACUGCUAGCGAUCCACUUUCAUAUUCUGAAAUCUACAACUACUUGAUGAUGUGCUAUGACGGUAAACACCAAAUGAACAUGAACAUUUCUGAAUCACAUGCAAUGUUCCCAGACCGUUUGAUGUUGCCCCGUGGAUGGAUCAGUGGUAUGCCAAUGGAAAUGUUCUUCGUCAUCAGCCCAUACAAUGCUGAUUAUGAACAAUACUCGAAAUACGAUCCAUCAUACUUGUCUGGAGUUGGUUCAGGAGUGAGACGUCUUGAUAACAUGCCAAUGGGAUAUCCUUUGGAUAGGAAAAUUGAAAGCUUCGAGGAAUUCUUUGUGCCAAACAUGUACUUCAAGAGUGUCAGAAUUUACCAUGAGGACAAUUUAGAAAAGUACUAUCCAAUGAAGUAUGAAAACUAUGGCAAAUUCGACUACAACUUUGAUAAAUAUGUUUAAGGUUUAAUUAUGUAAGAUAGAUGUUUUUUUUUUUUAUUUAUAUAGAAUUGUGGAACUCGCUUUUUUAUAAGAGAAAAAAAAAUGUUAACGAUAAAUGGCAUUCGAAUAAAUAUUUACGAAAAAUUAAA